AUGGCUGGCUCUUAUGAUCGUGCAUUGACUGUCUUCUCACCCGAUGGUCAUUUGUUUCAGGUGGACUAUGCUGUCGAAGCUGUUCGCAAAGGAAGCUGUGUUGUCGGUGUCCGUGGCAAGGACGUUGUUGUUUUAGGUGUUGAGAAGAAAUCAGUCAUGAAACUCCAAGACGAACGCACAGUGAAGAAGAUCUGUAUGCUGGACGAACACGUCUGCCUUGCUUUUGCUGGACUUUCUGCCGAUGCCCGUGUGCUGGUCAAUAAGGCAAGGAUAGAGUGCCAGAGCCACAGACUUACAGUAGAGGAUGCAGUUUCGAUUGAAUACAUCACGCGUUAUAUUGCAGGAGUACAACAGAAAUACACUCAAAGUGGAGGAGUUCGUCCUUUUGGAAUUUCAACAUUGAUCAUGGGUUUUGACUCAGAUAAGGUACCAAAGUUGUAUCAGACAGACCCUUCAGGAGUUUACUCUGCAUGGAAAGCAAAUUCGAUCGGCCGUUCCUCAAAAACUGUCCGCGAGUUUUUGGAGAAGAACUAUAAGGAAGACAUGGACAGGGCUGAGACCAUUAAGCUAGCAAUUAGAUCUUUGCUUGAGGUUGUUCAGACUGGCGCCAAGAACAUUGAAAUUGCCAUCAUGGGAAAUGAUAGUGUCAUUAAGGUACUGUUGACGCUCUAA